CUGCAGGGGACAGACCUGCUUGUCCCCGAUUGAGGGCGGUGCAGCAAAAAGGUUGUGGGCUAGCUAGCUAACGUUCACGUCAGGCUUUAACGGGCGCGUCAUGCGCAAACACGGCAUCCACCCAAAGAGCGUACACAGCUUCCACCACAACCCAGUUCAGCGACGUCUGAGGAGUUCGCAUAUCAGGAGGAUUCAGAAACAACCAAACAUAUCAGUGUAGCUCUACCUGACUUUCCAAAGUAGGAUCGGUUUCAGUGCAGCACCUGUCUCGCCAUGGCUGACGACAUGUCCUCCCUGCUGAGCCUCGAGGAGGAGCUCACGUGCAGUAUAUGUCUCAGUCCCUUCGAGAGCCCCGUGACCACUCCUUGUGGCCACAAUUUUUGUCGAGGUUGCCUGGAUUUGACAUGGCGGGACAGCGAACAGACGGGACUCGGUUUCAACUGUCCGCAGUGCCGGUCCCACUUCGUCACCAAACCCGAGCUGAGAAAGAACACGGUUCUUGACGCAGUGGUUGACAAGUUCAAAUUGAAGUCAAGGGCCGACAUCUACAGCGAUGUCAUGACGACGACGAAGACGGAGCCAGAUGCGGCGCCGAUUAUAUGCGACGUUUGCAUGGAGGGAAAGGCAUGCAAGACCUGCCUCACAUGCAUGGUGUCCUACUGUGUGGAGCACGUGAGACCACACCUGGAGAACCCGGUUUUUGGCGCGCACCAGCUCCACGAGCCGCUGGCAGACCUGCAGGAGCGCAUCUGCCCUGACCACUCAAAAAUGAUGGAAUUCUUCUGCGUCCAGCACGGACGCUGUAUUUGCAGCUUCUGUCUGCAGCAGGAGCACAAGGGCUGCACUUUUUGUACGCCAGACGAACAACGGGUUCUGCGGGAGUCUGACUUAAAGAAGAAGCUGUCUCAGCUGUAUGGCAAGAUUGAGAAGACCCAAUUGGUCUUGUCCCAGAUGAAGGAACAGCAAAGUGUGCUGAAAGACUCGGCGACCAAUCGGAAGCGAGAGCUGGAAAUGGUGUACAGGCAGAUCAGGGAGAUGAUCGACAGAGACGAGCAGCAGGCCGUGAAGAGUGUGGACAAGGAGGAGGAGGGUGCCCAGUCCAAGCUCUUCUCAAUGAUGAAAAAGUUCGACCUGAACGUGGAGGAGAUGAGCAGAGCAAGAGACGGCAUCACCCGCCUUUUGGGCCAGACGCAGUCCCUGGCUUUCCUGCAGGCCAGUGUGGACCUGCCUUCAGCUGUGGACUUUGAGCCGUACGCUCCCCGGCUCAACAUCAACACCAAACGUGCCCACCUUGAGUCUGCCGCUGCGCUGAAAGAGUACCUGGGAAACAUACUGAAGCAGCCUGUAGAUACUAGAGUCGCACUGCUCAAACCAGAGAUUUGGAGGAGCAUACCUGUCAAUGGUGAGUUUUAGUAUUGAGAGAAAUGAAAAUCAAAUGGGACUGAAUCAAUGUUCAAUCGGGAUGACUUGUGCUGGGGUUGGGUCUUUGAGGAUUGCACUCAGGCAUGUUUUAUGGCUUUCUAAAAGACAGUGUCUCACAAUUGGAGGGCGUUGCCAAAUUGGUUUAGCAAGACCACAAAUGGCUAAAUGAUUUGAAAAGUUCAGUUCCUAGUUGUAUUUAAACCACUGCAAUCCUUCAGAACCAGUUGAUUCACUACGUCACGAAUGGAACUUCAAUACUUCUUAUGUAAUUCUGGGUGUGGGGGACUACACUGAAAUUCUGCGUGAUUCUGAGUAGUACCUCUUCUGCUAACUGUAGAGAGCCAUUGCACUCACAGAUAAAUUUUGAUUUUUUCCCUAGCUG